AUGUUGUUUCUUAUCGGUUUGGGCCUUGGUGAUGUGAAAGAUGUUACAGUAAAAGGAUUGGAAGCCAUCAAAAAUGCCAAACGUGUUUAUUUAGAAGCCUACACAUCCAUCUUAACCGUAGGCAAAGAUGCAUUGGAGCAGUAUUAUGGACGGGAGAUCAUUUUAGCCGACCGUGACCUGGUUGAACAAGGGUCAGAUGAGAUCUUUGAGGGUGCAAGGACGGAGGAUAUAGCAUUCUUAGUUGUCGGCGAUCCAUUUGGAGCCACUACACACACAGACCUAGUUCUGAGAGCGAAGCAGGAAGGGAUUGAGUACAAGGUUAUCCACAAUGCUUCCAUCAUGAAUGCUAUAGGUUGCUGUGGCUUACAGCUCUACAACUAUGGGGAGACCAUCUCGAUAGUGUUCUGGACCGACACCUGGAAACCAGAUAGCUACUAUGAUAAGAUAGCGUCUAACAGAUCAAGAGGUCUUCACACGCUGUGCCUACUAGACAUCAAAAUGAAGGAGCAGAGUGUAGAAAACCUAAUCAAAGGGCGUAAGAUCUUCGAGCCUCCACGCUUCCUCACGGUACCACAGGCUGCGUCUCAACUUCUUGAAAUUCCAGACAGGAGGAAAGAGAGGGGAGACGACUACACAGCUUACACAGAAGACACAAUUUGCAUAGGGGUUGCCAGAGUCGGUUCCGACACCCAGCGGAUCGUAUCUGGAACGUUACGAGAGCUGACCUCCGUUGACCUCGGAGAUCCUCUGCACUCAUUGGUCAUUGCUGGUCACAUGCAUCCAGUCGAGCUAGAGAUGCUCAAGCAGUUUGCUGUUACCCCUUCUAUUUUCGAUGCAUUGCUUGCAGAAAGCAGAUAG